AGAAAUAGAGAGAUAGAGCAGUAGAGAGAUGCCUGGAUGCAGAUCUUGGUAAGAUGAGUCUAAUAAUCCCGCGAAGUGCAAAGACACGGCAGCAGAGCUCGGAUAUCUGGGUUUUAUUUUCUCUCUUCUUGGCAAGGCAGUAAUUUAAACAACAACCCAAAAAAAAGAGAGAGAGAAAAAAAACCUAGUUUGGCUGAAUUAGGUUUUGGGCUCAGUGAAGGACAGUAAGGAGGGGGGAUCUGCUCGGUGCGCUCCAGACGCACAACAUGAAGGAGGUGGAGAGCAGCUGAGCGCAGUGACAGAGAGCCUCUCCAGGAGUUAGGAUGUGAGCUGAACUUCGCGGUAGAAUGGCCGGCCAUGUGGCACUGACAGCCGAGGGAUGGCAGCCUUUUAUCACCACCACCACCAUCACUUCAGCCAGCAUCCCCUCCACCCACCCAGCACCGACCUGCGGCGGCUCUUCCACCGGCUCACCAUCGCCUCCUCUCUGAGCAUCAUCUGCUUCUCCCUUGUCUACCUCCUCACCGGAGGCUGCGAGUCGGAACUCGCCGAGAACUCCGACAUCCAGCCGCCCGCGCGCGACUUCCUCGCGAGGGCGUCGGAAUGGCGGCAGGAGGGAAACGGGACCGAGGCGCCGGGGACCAACAGCUCGGGGAAGGAGUGGACGGCCGCGCGCCGGCUGCCCCAGGCUCUCAUCAUCGGGGUUAAGAAGGGCGGCACGAGGGCUCUGCUGGAGUUCCUGCGGCUCCACCCGGACAUCCGGGCCCUGGGCUCCGAGCCGCACUUCUUUGAUCGGCACUACGCGCGCGGUCUGGACUGGUACAGAAGUAUGAUGCCCAAAGCCCUGGACGGGCAGAUCGUCAUGGAGAAGACGCCCCGGUACUUCGUCACAGUGGACACGCCGGCACGGGUCCACGCCAUGUCGCGGGACGUGAAGCUGAUAGUGGUCGUUCGCGACCCCGUGACGCGAGCCAUAUCGGAUUACACGCAGAUCAUCUCCAAGACCCCCGACAUCCCAUCCUUUGAGAGCCUGGCCUUCAAGAACCGCACCACAGGUCAGAUUGACUCUCUGUGGAGCCCACUGUGGAUUGGCCUCUACGCCCAACACAUGGAGCGUUGGCUGGCUUGGUUCCCCAGGAAUCAGAUCCAUCUGGUCAGCGGGGAGAGGCUCAUCUCAGACCCGGCUGGAGAACUGGGCAAAGUCCAGGACUUUCUGGGUCUGCAGAGGAUAGUCACAGACAAGCACUUCUACUUCAACAAAACGAAAGGCUUUCCCUGCCUAAAGAAGCCGGAGGGCAGCAGUAAACCCCACUGUCUGGGGAAGACAAAAGGGAGGACACACGUCUCCAUAGACCCCGAGGUGAUCCGGAAGCUGAGGGAUUUCUACAAGCCUCACAACCAGCGCUUCUACCAGCUCGCAGGGCAAAACUUCGGAUGGCACUGAUCCGUAACCUGUGUGGAACGAGACGCCUCUGUUGACACCGCUCAAGCGCAAAUCUGCUGCCUGACGGCGGCAGACGGAACGGCUCGACGCGCGCAAAACAGAGUCAACAAUGUCUUCAGACAGCCAGGCAGCAUCUCAGCAGACUGCACUCCCAAAUCCCAGUGUCAAUAUGUUCUGUCUGGAUCAAUCAGUCGUGUUGACAUCUUUGUAUGUCAGCGAUACACUCUUUGUGCUUUUGAGAAAGCUGCAGUGAAACCGUGGCGGCCGUAGGAUGCGGUUUUACGCCGAGCGGCGGAAAGCGGAGCGGCUUUUGGUGUCUGACUCACAAUCGGUUGCAGUCGUGCAAGGAAGCGAAGAACUCAGGGUCCCUACACGUCGUCCCCUAAAUAUUCCACACGCUUCAGGACUCAGAUUUAAGUCAUGCAGUUUUUACAACACUUUUCUUUUUUCAAAUAUUUACUUUGAGUCAGACUGUAUUUGUCAUCUGUAGGUUUUUCCCUCAAAAAAAGAAAAAGUUUCAUCAAUAUGAAAAACAAAGCAAGACAAUGGUCGACGUGGCUUUUGGUUGUCAGAGUGUGAAUUUGGACAAUUUUUCUGCUUAUGAAGCUUCUGGACUUACUCAUUUCAAAGCCUUUAAAUCUUGAACAUGUCAGAUUAGGAAUGGAAUAUUCUACAGCAGGGGUCGGCGACCAAUGUUCUUAACUCCAGAUGUCAUGACAAAUGCAAGUUUUAACAGUUUUCCAUGGAAUAACCGCAUUGAAUUUCCACAAGUACCACUGACGCAUAUUUUUUUAUUAUCAAUUUUUCUUGUCAUUAGUUUGAAAAUUUGCAUCUUUUUUCCACAAGUAUCAAUAUUCUGUAAAAGAAAAUGUACUUAUCUUCUUUUUGCAAAACGUUUUUCAUUAUUUGAAAACUUUAAAGAGACGAAAUGUUGAUUCUUUUCUUUAGUAGACAAUUAUAAGCUGUCUUUUCUUUUUUUUCAAGAGGUCAUGUAACGUUUGGGGCUCUGAGUGAACUCUAUGUAAAAAAUAAAUGCCUCUGCAGAAUCUGCAGGUUGCAGACCUCUGUCCUAGAGCAAAGCAGGUUUCUUAAAAAACAAUGUUUUGAGCUUUGGAUCCGUUACUUUAGAAACCCCAUCCCCCAACCACCCAACAACAAAAAACAAAAAAACCUUUAAUCUUUUUAUUUUGCAGCUGCUACAGCCAGUUUUGCCUGAACUGAAGCUGUCUGAACACCAGGCAUGUGAAAUGGCCCCUGAUUAUAUCUGAAUGAGUAUGGAUCCAGUCAUGAAGUCAAACAGCAAAGCUGAAAUCGAGGCGUUACGCAGCAAUUCACAGAUGAAGCGAAGCCAUUUCAUUUUUUGUCUUUAGACAUUAGAAGAAGGAGGAAAUGUCCGGAGAAAUCAAUCAUUUUCCAAACCUGACAUACUCCACAGUUUUCCAGGCCGUGGAGGAAAACACUGACAACAAAUACGUUUUCAUUCACAGACCCUCUUGUUUCCUCCCCAGACUCAGACUUUAAGAAUUUAAGGGCAAUCGGGCGGACACAUCGAAAAAAGAUGUCCUGCCAGCAUCGUUUCCAAAAAGCCAGGCAUGAAUCUUUCAUGCGGCCAGCAGGCGGAGUUGAGCGGCGGCGGGCGGGGCGGAUGAGGGAAUAUGUGAGCUCAGGUCUGACUGAGUGCUUUUGUAUCCUUGAAUAAUGAAUGUGGUUAAAUGGAUGUAGUGGGAACUGGCGUGGAUCACUUGGCUCAUUUCUAUGCUUUGCUUAGGUUAGCGAGAGCGGUGGACCAGCCGCUUCGAGCAGAGCAAGCGGGGCGGCGGGAUAGGAAAACCGAACAUCAACACCGUUACGUUGGACGUGCUGCCCGCUAACUUCCUCACACAGUUCCCGGUUUUCAGUUUGCAUGUAUUUUGCACUAGUUGUCCAACAGGGGAAAAAAUAAAUUAAAAAUAUUUUUAAGCAAAGACGCCGCUUUCCCAGAGUUAUUUGUGUCGAUUCGCAUUAAACGACAUGAGAAUAUUUUAAAUGUACGAUGCUGGGGAAAAGUACUUGACACCUUGUUCAUGUCUGGCCUUUUUGUCACACUGGCGUUAAACAUUUUAGGCUGUUAAAUAAACUUUUUUUUUUUUUUGUCAGACAUGGACAAACUGAGUAACAAAAAAAAAAGUGUUCAAAUCAUUGGUUUGGGCAAGUCAUCCAGAUAAUGAAGCAAAUAACCGUCAGUGCGACGAACAAUUUCUAAUGUACUCUAAAAAAUUCACUUUCUAUUGGUAGUCCAGAGAAUAUUUCUAAGACCCAUCAAGAUGUUUGUUGGCAAAAAUGAGAUGGAUCUUUGUUUUCUUUUUUUUUUUUUGUUUGAACGGUUUGACUCUCCCAUGGAUGCAGUGAGGUUUGUUGGGGUUAAAAGCCUCAAAAACCUCUCAGGUCUGUGUUUUUGGGGCGCCUUUGGUUCAAUCUGUUGCUUCUUUGAGUUUCUUAGUUCACUAAAUGUAUUUAUGGGCGUUUAUAAUCAGGAAUUAAUGAUGAAUCACUUAGCAAACAUGUGGUGAAUCACAGUUCAAUCAACAAGAACGGCAGUCAUGUUUUCAUGCAGGGUCAGGUUGGUCAAAAAUGAAAUCGUUUGGUUUUUGUAGUUUAUUUAAUUUAUUUGAAUAUCUGAAACAUUUACAUUAGACAAAAAAAACAUCUUGAAUGAGUCCAUAAAAUCCAACUGAAAUGAUGUAAAAAGCCUGGAGCUCGCCACAAAAAUGUAAAUAAAGGUUUUAAUUUGG